AUACGUCAGGCAUUAUACUCUAUAUAUUUUUAUAUCUGGCAAAUCAUUAUCAGCGUGAAUUUUAGUAUUUAGUUUAGUAUGCCCUAUCUUUAUGGCAUAGCUGAUACCAAGUUCCUGGUCAAGAAGGAGAAGAAGAAGCGCCAUGUGUCGUCGCACAAUGUGCUGCCAACGCAUAAAUUCCAACGCAAUGCGCUGCUCGAGGCACGCACCAAGUUCGAUCAUAAUGCCUGGCCCAUACAAUUUAGAGCCACGCCCGCGCCCUUGGUGGAGCUGUGUGCCAUUGCAGUGGACAAGCUGCCGUUGCCGUCGAUCUUUGAAUGGGAUGAUAUGGACAUAAGACGCUGGAUCAAGCGCUACGGCUAUCCGCAGUAUAUGAACACUUUUCGCGUCAACAUGGUUUCGGGUCGUAAGUUGCUGCUUUUGGACGCCAGUGCCUUGUCGGCCAUGAAUAUCAAAAGAUUCGAUCAUAUCAAGCAUAUAUCCUAGGCCAUACGCAUGUUGUUUCACUUUGAGUUGACCAAGUUCUCCUCGAGCAUUUCCCUGCCCGAUGAGAAGCCCAAUGAGCUCUACUUGCUUUGGCAUACACAAACCGGGCUUAACUACGAUGCAGUGCGUCGCUCUGAUCUUUAUAGACGCAUGCAACUCAUACGCGAGCGCAGCUUGAAUUUGGAUCAUUGGGAUUUGCUGGACUUGUGGUUACGCCGUGAGCGUGAGCGUAAAUACAAGGAGCUGGUGGGUCUUGUGCCACGCCACAAUUUGUUCGAGUGCCUCAAGGCACCGGUUGUGGUGAGAAACGCGGAGCCCAAGCUGGAUGACAUGAUGUGUCCCAUCUGCAUACCGCCCUGCGAAUGCGAAUGGACCGAACGUGAUGUACAUGAGCCCUGGCGCCUCAGCUGCCUUACCGCCGGCAGAUUGUCGACUGCGAGCAGAUAUAGCAACAAGGAAACCAAUUGCACUACUUGCAUUCCGCCCUGUGAGUGCCGCUGGCCCUCGCGUUAUUAUCUCACUGGCACCGUCAUUCGCUGUUUGCAGCAAAAGUUUCCCGAAAAGUUUUCACCCAUCUUCGAUGAGCGUUUCACGGCUGUGGUGCGUCCGAGUUUGGUGGAGCGCUGGACGCGCUUUUCCAUAUAGUUUGCGGAAGUUAACUUGUUUUUACUUCUGUUAUGCGAUAAGUCUGUAUGUAAAUACAUUUUGCCUGACGUUAACUUA